AGGUGUGUGUGAUGGCGCGUCCCCCACCCAGGUGCUGCUGGCGGAGGCUGGCGACGAGGAACCACCCGUACUCCUGCGCCUGAUGUGUGUAGCACCACCCAGCCCCUACCACCCUCCCUCUCCUGGCCCUCCACCGUCUCCCACACACUCUCACUCCACUCCCUCCCACAGCUCACCUUCCCUGUACUCAUUACCACACUCCCAGGGGAUGCAGCAGUCACCACCACCAUCACCACACUCCGGGGAACAACGAGUAAUGGAAGAGAGGAAAUACAGAGGAAGAGACGAUAAAGAGAGGAAUAGGGAAAAUAAAAUCGUGGAGAGAGAUGAUGACACAGGGACACUGAGUUAUAGACGAUCACAGUUAGGGAAUAUACCAGCCAGUGUUCCUGAUGGUGAUAACAAAGACAUAAAAACAGACAAUGACGGGAAGAAAGAGCCAGGAAAAAUGAAAAAUGAUGAACCUAACAUAACAGAAGUAACAGCCAGUACUAAUGUAGAAGAAAAACAAGAAAUUGGAGUUAGAGAAGAAACAGAAGGUGAUAGAGAGAACAAGAAAGGAGGAACUAGCAUGUUGUGGGAACUCAUAAAGACACAUCGCCGUCCAACAAGUGCAGCUGAUACGGUCUCGAUCAAGUUAACUUCACUGGAAAUACAACAACACACUCGGAUAUUACAGCGUACACCUGAGAACGUGGGCACUGAACCUACCUGGUACCUGGACCACCUUCAUCCAAGCCUCAGCUACCGUGUGGAGGGCGGCCAGAUGGUGGUGUGGGUGAGGCCAGGACACCGCCUCUCUCAGCCAUCCUCACCAACUCUCACCUCCUCCAUCCCUACCUCCCUUCAUACCUCCAGUUCCCGUUCAUCUUCUCGUGUUUCCUUCGGUAUUCUGAACAAAUCGCUUUCAAUCCUGCCUCAUAAGGACGUUCCCAGCCAGUCCUUCGCCUCAUCAACCUUCCUCACCUCCACCUCCCCUUCCUCCAUCACCCCAACCUCACACCAUGCUCACUUCACUCCUAUUUUCCCCUCCUCUCUUACCUCCACCUUUCCUCCAGGCUCCAGGCGUCUGUCCUCCUCCCCUCUCUCCCUCUCACUCGAGCCUCCUCCUCCAGCCGCCUCCUCCUCCCUCGACCCAUCCUCUACACGUCCUCUCUUAAGCCUGUCGUCAACUGCCCCACGGCCCUUAUCUUCUCCUACACCCACAACACUCCUUGCUUCUAUGGGACCCCCAGCGCCCUCACCCCUCCCCGUGUCACCAAAACGUCAACCCACAGCAUCACCACGCUCAGAAAUACCAUCACCACGCCCUCAAGCUUCACCACCACGCCCUCAAGCUUCACCAUCACGCCCUCGAGUACCACCGCCUCACCAAGGACCUCUAUUAACAAGCUCACUCCACCCAUCAACACAGCUGCCCUCGUCCUCACCACUCCCAGACACGCCCACGAAACUCGGUGCUCUGGCUGUGUUACGGUGCUCCUCUGAACACUCCGGGACGACUGUGGUGUACAUCAUGAAAGGUAAUGUACCAUAUAUGAGAAUAUUUGUAUAUUCUUGUUUUCAGAUGUAG